AUGAGAGUAUUUAUUCUUUUGCUCGGAUUUGCUGCGGCGUUUUACGAUACUUACAUCAACUAUGACGAGGAGAAUCAAAACCGCUCAUUUGCUUACUGGGAAUGGAGUAUCCGAGAAGAUCAGGGACACACCCUUAUGCCUGCGAUGGUUCGCGAUUUCGGACCGACUGUUCCAUGGGCCUGGCAACGACCAACUUCAACCGAAGCGGGGGCUUUGACGAAUGGAAUUUCAUGCGUUUUCGCUGUUUUUCUUGCUCUAAAUGCACUUCUUUGA